GAGAGAGAGAGAGAGAGAGAGAGAGAGAUGCUGUCUUCAUCCUAGCAUGCAAUACACUUCAGAGAGAUCGUAUAGCUUGAGCACCAUCUGUGUGUGAGCAGGAGGAAUUCUGAGAGAACUCUCUCUGCUCCUGGAUACAACCUCAGAUGCAGUGGGAGCUUCAGACUGAGCACACAUAGACUGGGAGAGCUGUGCCACUUAGGGCCAGCUGAGGGGGAGUCAAUUUACAAAUACAUCAAGAGCUGUUCUCCAUCAUAUACACAAUCAUACACCAUCAUAUAUUCAAGAAAUAUCCUUUAAUGAUUUAAACAAUAUUUGGAACCAUGCAGUACUGAUUUGCCACAGGUGGAAAACUUCAGAAUGUUGAACUUUGUCCGUUUUACUACUGAAGAAAACAGUGGAUUAUCUCAUGGUUCUUAGAAGCUGCGUUUAUCUUGCACAGCAUUCAAUAGACUACGCAAAGCAUCCAAAAAACUGUCAUGAACACUAAAUAGACAGAGGCUCCUUACUACACACCAGCAAGAUGGAUUACUCAGACUUACCCAAUAUCACAGAACUAUACUUUUCUCCAGUAUCACAGGGUUACAAUAUGGAGACAACAAGCAAUGUAUCUAUGAAUGAAACGUCACAUUAUUAUGAUAUGACAAGCAAUGCUGUCCUCACAUUCAUAUACUUUGUAGUGUGCAUUAUAGGACUGUGUGGAAAUACACUGGUUAUCUAUGUCAUACUCCGAUAUGCUAAGAUGAAGACCAUCACCAAUAUCUACAUCCUCAACUUAGCUAUAGCUGAUGAACUUUUCAUGCUUGGUCUGCCCUUUCUGGCUAUGCAGGUAGCUUUGGUACACUGGCCAUUUGGGAAAGUUAUUUGCAGAAUUGUCAUGACAGUAGAUGGUAUCAACCAGUUUACCAGCAUCUUCUGCCUCACAGUCAUGAGCAUAGACCGGUAUCUGGCAGUGGUUCAUCCUAUCAAAUCUGCAAAAUGGAGGAGACCGAGGACUGCUAAAAUGGUCAAUGCAGCUGUGUGGACUAUCUCACUUUUGGUGAUCAUGCCCAUAAUGAAUUAUGCUGGUGUGCAAAUGUACCGUGGAAGAGGCAGUUGCACAAUUAUCUGGCCUGGAAACUCUGGCAACUGGUAUACUGGUUUUAUAAUCUAUGCUUUCAUUUUAGGAUUUCUGGUUCCACUCAGUAUUAUCUGCCUCUGCUAUCUCUUCAUCAUAAUCAAAGUGAAAUCAUCUGGAAUAAGAGUUGGCUCCUCCAAGAGAAAACGAUCAGAGAAGAAAGUGACAAGAAUGGUGUCCAUAGUGGUAGCAGUUUUUAUCUUUUGCUGGCUCCCUUUCUAUAUCUUUAAUGUCUCAUCUGUGUCUCUCUUGAUAGUGCCAACUCCAGGCCUGAAGGCCAUGUGGGAUUUUGUUGUGGUUCUGAGUUAUGCCAACAGCUGUGCCAAUCCCAUCCUAUAUGCCUUUCUUUCUGAUAACUUCAAAAAGAGCUUUCAGAAUGUCUUGUGCUUGUCCAAGGUCAGUGGCAUGGACGAAGCAGACAGAAGUGACAGCAAACAAGACAAGUCCAGAUUAAAUGAAACCACAGAAACACAGCGCACACUGCUUAAUGGCGAUCUCCAAACUAGUAUCUAAGUAUAAGAGGUUUAAAGCAUUAAAAAGGAGAAUAUUAAGAUGUAUAUAUGAGCAAUUUCCCCUAACUACAUCUAGACUGAAUACAGGAGCAAACAUCUAGAAGGUGAACAAAUCUGCUCAUUGCUGAAUGUCUGCUGGAUGUUUUACUUUAGCUCUAAGACAUAUGUCUUGGUUGCCAAGUGCUUGUUUUGACCAAUGGUAUUCUGGAAAUUACCAUAAAACAGUUUUAUAAGUCACAGACUUCAUAGAUAUUUGUGCUGUUUUAUUCUAGUCUUCAAAUCUGUUGCCUCCAUCUAUAAACAUCUCUGCCAGAUCUUUUGCCAAGGGUCUAGAAUGUUAUUUAGUAACUAUUCACAUUGUAGUAACUGAACAAGUCAACUGCAGACCAUGCUACGCAGGAUACAUUUUUAGGAAUUACAAUUUUGGAUCUAACGUGUUAAAAAGAUUAACUACUUUGAUUGCAGCGAUUUGCUGUAACCCUCUAUUCAAAGACCAAUAAUCUUUUGUGGAAUUAUUUUUGAAAAUUAAAGUUCUUUCCAAGAAGUAAAAAGUAUCUGAAUUAGACAUGUACCUAUAUCCACAUACAGUGGUGACUGGACUGACUGUACAAAUGCCAUUAUUUUACAUCUAUCCACCUUACAAUGCUCACAUUCUAAACAAGCUACGGAAUAUACCACGUUUGCAUUUUGAGAAACCAGUGGUGUUGGCUGCCUUUAAUGUUUUACGAUGUGCUUAGUAUCCCUGCAACUGUCACCACUGACUUAUCUUGAUCAUAGACUCUAACAGCAGCUAAGAACCAUUUGGUCCAUCUAGUCUGUCCAUAACAUUUUUGCCCAUAUUUGAUUUUGUUCAGAUUUAUUCAAUUAGUUGGUGUAAUUUACCAGGGCUAAAUUAACCCUGAAGCCAGUACUUAUCUGGGAUUUUGUUUCACCUGCCUCAGGUAGGCAAAACCAAAUCUGCAAUAAGCAUGCAUUUUUGUCCCAAUCGCGUCCGCAAAAACAUAUAGGUCCUAUGUGUUUUCGCAUGAAAAUUUUAAAUUAUUCUGGCCGGAAAAACGGGAGCUAAUUGAAUAACUUGAAAAAAAAUUGGUUCUAUCAAAUAAAAAAAAAAGUGGUUUUUUUGUGGUCAAAAUUUUUGGGUCUGAUUGGAUACCCCCCUAGGAUAGCCUUAAACAUGUUUAAAAUUCCCUAACAAGGAAGUCAGGGCUGACUUCUAACAGAUAUUACAUUGUCAGACAAAGGAUCAGUUACCAGAAAUAUGAAUAAUGUAUAUUUUUUUUAUAGCUGUAUGUAUAUAUAAUGUGUAUAUAUAGGCACACUUACACCAAAUGGUAUAUCAAUAAUUAUUAUUUUUUAUUAUUAUUAUUAUUAUUAUUAUUAUUAUUAUUAUCAUCCUUUUUAGCACUAUAAAUAGUCACCGAAGAAUAAUGGCACAAAACCUAAGAGUUAUUUUCUCCUAGAAGACCGCAUUUCCCUUUUGGCAUCAGAAAAGAUAAAUGUGCACUUUAUUCACAUAUUGCACUUUAGCCUAGCGAACUGGCCCAAAUUCUGUUUUUCCUGAGAACUGCAAAGAAUAUGCUCAAAGGAUUCUAUACCACAAAGACGAAAAUGACUAUAAUGGAAAAUGUUAAUAAACUGGCGAGAAGGCUAUAGACGUACAGUAUAUAUUUUAUUUAAUAAAACAAAUGACUGUUUGCUUCUUGGUCUAAUCAUCAAGAUCCCAAUGUGGGAAGGUUGGUGAUCAGCUUGCACAGACAAAAACAGACCAUGUUCUUUAGACUACCACACAGCAAACUGUCUACUGUAAUGCUGCAGGUAUGAUAUAGGCUGCUCAUUUCAACAUGGCUAGUACUGUUGGCCACUUACAUGUUCUCAAUCACUAGCUCUAGAUAGUGGAGAUGUUUAAUAAAAAGAGGGUGCAUUUUGAACUUCACACACUGCACUGCUGGGGAUCCCUAUUUUAUCUUUGCUUGAAAAAAAGAAAGCCCCCACAAAACACACAAGCAAAAAACAGUACAAAUCUUGUAUGGUGAAGUGAUUGUUUGCCCAAUAUAAAGAAUACUAUUGAAGA